AUGAGUGUUGAGGAAUUGACCAUUUCCCAAGUUCACGAAGCCUAUCGCAACGGCACUUGGACCUGCAAGGGCCUUGUCCAUGCAUUUCUAAAGCGCAUAGAGCUGUUGGACAAAAGCGGGCCAUGUAUCAAUUCGACACUUGCUAUUUCUGAAGUCGCCUUGCAGGAAGCUGUAGCUCUGGAUGAAUACUUCAAAACGAAUGGAAAAUUCUUCGGUCGUCUCCAUGGCAUUCCGGUUCUGGUCAAGGAUCAGGCCGACACCAAGGGGAUGGUGACUACUUAUGGCUCGCACGUAGCCAAAAACAAUGUCCCGGAAAAGGACGCCUUUGUUGUGGACAAACUGAAAAAGGAAGGCGCCAUCAUUCUGGGGAAAACGACCAUGGGCGACUGGGCUACUACAUGGUUCUCAACAUCAUCUGCGACAGAUUGGAAGUUCACUCACAAUCCGUACAAACUCGGACAUGAUGUCGGCGGCUCAUCAUCUGGAUCUGCAGCAGCCGUAGCAGCCAACCUUUGCAUCAUUGCUGUCGCCGAAGACACGGGAGGCUCGAUUCGUUGUCCGGCAUCGUUCACCAACCUGGUUGGCUUGCGAUGCACUCCGGGACUCAUCAGCCGAACGGGGUUUUGCCCGCUUGUAAAAUCUCAAGAUACGCCGGGACCUCUUGCGCGCACAGUGACUGACUGUGCUUUGAUGCUAGACUGUAUGGUCGGCUUCGAUCCCAAUGAUGAAUGGACUGCAGUCGCGGCCAUUGGGCCACGCCCCCAAGACGGCAGUUAUGCGGCCCAGCUUGAUCCUCGGGCGAUUACAAAAUCCAGGAUCGGGAUUGUACGAUCAUUAUUCGGACUUGAUUCUGAUCCUGCGUGCCACGCAGUUAACUCUGUUGUGAACAAGGCCUUCUCAACGCUGAAACAGGCCGGCACAGAGUUUGUAGAUGUUGACUUACCGCGACUCGAGCACUAUAUGACCAACACGCCGGCAUAUGUUGUGCGCUCACGUUCAGACAUCAAUUCGUUCCUAGCCACAAAACCACAUCUCCCUCAAGAUAUUGCAGAAAUUGUCCCCAAAGAACCGCCUCAUCCAUCUCUAGACUUCACUUGCCAAGUUGCACACGGACCCGCGGAUCCGAAUACAGAUCUUACCUAUGCACAACGUCUUCUUGAAAGGGAUGAGUUCCAAAGACGCUUGACCUGUCUCAUAGUAGCCCAUGGCCUCGACGCGUUGGCCUUUCCAGAUGUCCAGAUUCCGCCGCCACGACAUGAGGAUUCGACAAAUGGUCGGUUUCCGACAUGUUGGGACUUUCCUACUAAUACCCUACUUGCUAGUCAAGCCCGGCUUCCUGCUAUCAGUGUUCCUGUUGGGUUCACGGAGGAAGGUUUGCCGGUGGGGCUGGAGCUGGUCAGUUGGGAGUAUCGCGAGCAGGCGUUGUUGCAGAUGGCGAGGGGGGUUGAGCAUUAUAUUCCGUCACGGAGAGCGCCGGUUUUAUGA